CAAUCAGAAAUCAAUUAAGAUUCUUGUCCAGUAGUUCUCAUCUUGAAGUAAACAGCAGACCAUCGCUAGACCAAAAGAAGGUUUCUAUUUUUGUGGAAGAAACGAGUACUUACUUACUUAAAAUGAUUUUAUUCAUUACGUUCUUAAGUUUUCUCGUCAGCACUUGUAUCGCCAGGCCAAAUAUUGAAGCCGUGCCACAGAAUGUGGUGACUGUACCCCCAAAUUGUCCUGAAGGACAAGAGUGGGUUAAUGGGCAAUGCCGAGAAGUUUGGAAAGUUACAGCUGCACCCGCAAACAUAGUCACGGUGCCAAUAAACUGCCCGCCUGGACAAUCAUUAGUUAAUGGCCAGUGUCGUGAAAUAUGGAUCAAAACACUGAUUGACGGCUUCUUCAGAGAUCUCGCACCACAAAAUGUAGUGACUGUUCCACCUAACUGCCGUCCCGGGCAGCAGUGGGUCAAUGGUUCCUGUCGCGACGUGUGGAAAAGUGGAACUGACAGCAAAAACGUAAUCACGGUUCCUACCAAUUGCCCUGAUGGACAAGUAUUUAUCAAUAUGCAAUGCCGUGAAGUGUGGAGAAGUGCACUGAAUUUGGAGAAUGCAGAAAAUCAACUUAAGGUAGUUGAAAUCCAAGACCAAAAUGAUGGCAACAGAAACGUAAUAACCGUACCAAACCAGUGCCCCAGUGGCUAUAGGCCUGACGCUCUUGGAAAUUGUCGCCCAAUAUGGAGUAUAAACCUUGAAAAAUUACUUUAAAUAAGUACCUAACUACCUACCGUUUUUGACUAAUAAUUAAUAAACUCUUAAUUCUGUUUUUCAUUUA